CUGCGCUUUCAUGAUAACAGCUAACUGCAGCAUUUAGUGUGAUUAGAACAAAAUGGCCGAGAAGCAAGCAUGUUUUGGGGUUCCCGAUGGGUAUGCCAAGGCCUCGGCUUUCCACCCGCCCAACAUAAAACAGCUGAGGAAGAUCGCAGGGGACUUGAGACUUGAACUGUCAGAGGAAGAGCUCACUGCAUAUAGAGAGUGCUUGCUCCCGCUGGAAGAGGAUUACGGUAUACUAGAUGAACUGCCAGAACCAACGCUGCCUGUUAAGUACCCUCGAACUCCCGGAUGGCGUCCUAAGCCAGAAGACAACCCUUUUAAUAGCUGGUACUGGCGUACGGAUAUUCAAGGUGCCCCCUCUGGGAAGUUGGCUGGGAAAACCCUGGGUAUCAAAGACAACACGGCGGUGGCUGGGGUACCUAUGAUGAACGGGUCCAGGGUGUUGGAGGGCUACACGCCAGAGUUUGAUGCCACUGUGGUCACCAGGAUACUGGACGCAGGAGGACGGAUUCUUGGAAAAGCUGCAAACGAAGACCUAUGCUUCAGUGGAAGUAGUUUCACCAACUGCAAGAUGCCUGUUUUGAAUCCAUAUGAUACAACACGUACAACCGGUGGUUCUAGUUCUGGAAGUGCAGCUCUGGUUGCCGGAGGUCAGAUAGACAUGGCUCUUGGUGGCGCCCAAGGUGGAUCUAUACGUAUGCCUGCCGCAUGGUGUGGUAUUGUGGGGUUAAAACCCACGUGGGGGUUGGUUCCGUACACCGGUGCGUCCUCCGUACAGCCCUUCCUGGACCAUCUUGGACCCAUGACAAGAACAGUGGAAGAUUGCGCCCUGCUGUUAGAGGUGAUCGCUGGAUACGAUGACGGCCUUGACCCCAGACAGCCGCCAAACAUCGUGGUGCCUGAGUAUUCAAAACUAUUGACUGCAGACUUGACUGGAAUGAAAGUGGGUUUGGUAAAAGAAGGCUUUGAUAAAUGCGACAAAGACAUAGAUUCCACCAUUCGGGCCUCCAUGCAGUGGUUUGAGGCAGCCGGUGCCACUGUGGAAGAAACCAGUAUUCCCAUGCAUAUUACUGGUAAGAUUGCUCUGUAUGUGAAACAGGGUGUAUUAAGAUUUUACAUCCUGGAUGCGAACCUUGACCUGGACAAUCUUACGUACAGACAAUAA